AUGCAAACAUUCAACGCUGCAGAAGAUCGGGCACUUCAGUAUUGUACAUAUCAGAGUGUCAACGUCAGUUCGCGUGUCCGCUGUGUUCGUAACUGUCAUUGUGAUUAUCCUAACUGUAAAUCAGUAAAUUAUGAUGACAUUCAUCACCUUUGUGAGCUGAAUAAUGCCACCAUUGCCCAGUUUCCUGAUAACUUGAUUACACACUUUGGUAGUGUGUACUACGAUGGCAAUAUGGACACUCCUCUCCUGUCCCAUGCACACCCUGAUACAACCGUCUCCUCUAUGCCUCGUAACAGCAGCUGCCAAGAGCUUCUUGAGGCGGGUCAGAAAGUGAGUGGUGUCUUUACAAUAUUUCCUGCCCGAUUUGCUUAUGGUUUGCAAGUGUACUGCGACAUGGAGACUGAUGGCGGAGGCUGGAUCGUCAUCCAGAGGCGUCAAGACGGCAGUGUUGACUUUUAUCGCAACUGGGCCGACUACGGGAACGGUUUCGGCAACUUGGAUGGGGAGUUCUGGCUUGGCAAUACUAACUUACGCAUCUUGACUGAGUCCGGCCCAAUGUGGCAGCUGCGUGUUGAUAUAUUGGAUUGGAAGGCUGCAGAAGUUUGGGCUGUUUAUGGAGAUUUCAGGGUUACAGGAGAACAAUUUCAGCUCCAUGUCGACGUGUACAAUGUUGAGAGUACAAUGUUGAGAGUACAGCAGGUGAUGCCCUUAUGUAUACUCUAGGGUUCAACUCUCCAUUCUUGAACAAUGGUAUGGUAUUUACUACGAAAGACAACGACAACGACCAACGCUUUGAGGCAGGCGACGAUCUAGCAGGCGAUGAGCUCAACUGUGCCAUCUUCGGAAAGGGAGGUUGGUGGUACAAUGACUGCUACCAGUGUAAUUUAAAUGGCCUUUAUUAUCAUGGAGGAACCCACUUUACA